AUGAGGUUUAAAACCGAGCUCUUCUAUUUGAAAAAUGAAAAUAAGUCUGAGCCAUACCCCGCACCUGAAAACUUUUCCUUUGUUUCCCCAGGCGCUCAGAUAAGCUGUUUUGCUCCCAGCUCCUUUUCCUGGCGACAAGCUGCGUACGUGGACUCCUACUGCUGGGCAGCUGUGCAGCAGAAGCAACCAUCCCAGAACAACUUAGAAAACAUUCCCCUGUGGCUGCAUAAAUUCUUCCCAUACAUCCUUCUGCUGGUCGCUAUCCUGCUGUAUCUACCAUGUUUGUUCUGGCGCUUCACUGCAGCACCUCACCUCUCUUCAGACCUGAAAUUCAUUAUGGAAGAGCUUGACAAAGCCUAUAACAGGGCAAUCAAAGCUGCUAAUAGCAUCCGCAGCGGAGACCCCAGGGACCCUGCUGACUUGAUUCCAACUGCUAAUGAGAACUUGACACAGAGUUUGUGGGAAAUAUCUGAAAGCCACUUUAAAUACCCAAUUGUGGAGCAGUACCUGAAGACGAAGAAGAAUUCCAAAUGCUUAAUAAUUAAAUACAUUAUCUGCCGUUUACUCACACUAGUAAUUAUUUUCAUUGCGUGCCUCUACCUGGGCUACUACAUUAGCCUCUCCUCUUUGAGUGAUGAGUUUCUCUGCACUAUCAAAACUGGGAUCUUAAAGAAUGACACAACUGUUCCAGACGUGGUUCAGUGCAAGCUUAUUGCUGUUGGUGUCUUCAAGGUACUCAGCUACAUUAACCUGCUGGUCUAUCUCCUAGUGAUGCCGCUGGUAGUGUAUGCAAUGUUUGUUCCGUGGAGGUGGAAUUCAGGUAUUCUCAAAGCAUAUGAAAUCCUGCCGACCUUUGAUGUUCUGAAACUCAAGUCAAAGUGUUUUGAUGACUUAAGCCUUUACCUCCUGUUUCUUGAGGAAAACGUGAGCGAACUUAAAUCAUUUAAGUGCCUCAAAGUGCUGGAGAACAUUGCAGUUUCUGAGAAGUUUGAUGUCAUGCAACUUCUGGUAAACCUUGGUACUAUUAAGACAGAUACCGUGGAUGGGAAGCCAGGGACAGCUGUAACGGAGAAGCCUGAAGAAACAAGUACAGAAGAGCUGGACAAAAAUGCUACAGAGCUACAAGUUUUGACAGACCAUGAGGCAAGUGGCAACGUGAGUCCGAGAGAAGAUAAAAAACUUCGCCAAAGACUCAUAGAUUCCUCGUGCUGAUGCCUCCUCACCACAGCAGGCAGGAGGCCUUCUCCUGCACCCUGGCUGUGCUCAAUGCAAGGUGCUGCCCUUUGAAUGCAACCGUCUCAGUGGCCUCACAGUUCCUCAGAGGCCACACUGGUUUACAGAAUACUUGUUGUGUAAUAACCAGCAAUCAGGUACCUGAGAAAGCAUCUUGUAGACUUUCAUUAUUUAUUAAAGAAAACCCAAACCAACACCCAAGGAGCAAGAACAAAAAAUUUCCGUCACAAGUACCAAGCGAUGUGGGGUGAAUGCAAUCGAAGUUGGCGGCAGGAAGGAGCCUGAGAUGUCUCAGUUGGCCAUCUCAACAGUGAUGCCUGGCAUUAAUUUACUUGGCACUGAUGGAAGAGAAACUACAAAUAGGCUUAGUAUAACGGGGUACUGUAAAUGUUAGGGGUUUUGAAUUUUCUACAUAUUCAUAAAUUAAAAAUAAUGUCUUACUUCUUUUUUACAAAAUCUAAUGAUGAGUAAGCUAAAUGUUAGCUUGAUUUCUGUUUCUCAGCUGUUUUGGUCUUCUUGACUAACAAAUCCGCCUUGGAGUUUGGACUGAAGAUCAGUGAAGUUGGUUCCAUUUUUGUAAUGGUUUGUCAAAGUGGUUUUGUGAUAUUUGCAUGUGUGGAAUUUGUUUCAACAUGUUUGUAGUAUCAAACGCAAUAUUAGUCCUGCUGUCUUCCAAAACCCACUUGAGAAGACGGUCUUAUUUGUAUUACAGUAGCACCCGAGUGCCUCAGCAGGGCCAAGCACCUGACAGUGGAUGUGAGGUGGAUGUAAAUACAGUGACAGGUUGUUCUCCCUACACACUCUGUGACUUCAUUUUAAUUAAAGAUAAGAAGCUGAAGUGGGUUGGAACAGACAAAAAAAGGGGAAGCAUUUGUAAAUUGAAAAAACUGCCCUGGUUUGUUGUUGUACUUUUUGGGGAGAGUAUCGUGGGGCUUUAAUGUUGUCCCUUCUGCCCAGGACCUCUACCUUCAGUUAACAUUAAAAUGACCAUUGUCUUGAAUUUUAGGUACAAGGUGAGGCGGGUGGGGGGUUAAUCACUGCGGUGGCAGUGUGUAUCUGUCACAAAUGUUAUGUGCUCCCUUGUUUUUCUCUAUUGUCCAUGUGAUUGAAGUAUCUUGCCUGUCACCCCUUUUAGACAAAGUAGCACCUCUGUUAUAGCUAGGUAGGACUUCCACUUUCCAGUUCCUCUGUGCCACCCGCUGUUGUGUUCUCGACUGUUAGCACUCUCCGUACGGCUGAGGAUGAGGAGGGAAGAGAAGUAAUCAAUGUCACCACCUUUGCACGGACCUGUGUGUGUGCUGCAGCUGGUUUCAAAGAAAUAGCACACCUACUUGAAUUUGGCAGCUGUCGUUAAACAAGUGGAUCCCAAAGUGCUGCCAUACUAUACUUUGAGCUAGUAUUACAAGAACUCUUUGAUUUUCAGCUAACACAGUCUGUAAAGCCAUAGUAUCAUGCUACCUCUGCUUAGGACAGUAGCAAAGCUGCAAUUCCAAUGGCUGUUGCAUUACCAGCAAGAAACGGGGCUGGUGUUGGAUGCUGGUGGUCCAAACUGCUCAGUUUUACUGCUGUACUUCUCCCAGCAAACCCACAACCCCUCUGACCUGCUCUAGAUUGUCUGGCUGUGCCGAUGUGUUGCUGAUGGUCCUUUAUAAGUGGGUAAUGCCGAUGCACAUCGUGCAUUGUGUGUUUUGGGCAAGGAGCUAUAGUGCAAUACUAAGAUUUUGUGAUGUGGACGUGUUUGAACUGUUUGAUGUAAGUAGAGUUCUCAGUCUUUAAAACUCGAAGCUCCUGAAAGCAACGUGUUCAUGUUUCUUGUUGAAUAUGAACCUAACUUUUUACUGAUUCCCCUUUUAUAUUUAAAAAUAUGAAUUGCUGCAGCGAAUCUCUCAUUGUCUUCUAAAGCGCUCAAUAAAAUAUGUAUCAGUUCUUCUUGGUUAUUUAAAUAAAAUUGAUUUUGUGAACUCCA